UUAUACGAUUUUGGAGAGGUGUCACGUCAAUCGUCUUUGCAGUUUUGUCGUCGUCGUGCUUUUCUUUUGCGUGAAAAAAAAAGAAAAUCUAAGUGUGCUCAAAGUUUUACAAACCAUCUUGCUGGCCGUUAAGCUAUCCGACUCAAAGUAUUUUCUUUGCCAAUUAGUUCCUGCCCAAGUGAUCAGGCUAUUUCGUGAAUUUUGCAACCAAAAGUAACUGAGUGAGAAGUUCUUGUGAACCCCCUUCAAAAGGGAUUACCAUUGUAGUUAGAAAGAAAACAAGAAGAAACUUUUGUCAGUCAUGGCUAACUAUAACUCGAAUACUUCUUAUCGUGAGCGUCGCGGUGGCCACGGAGGCGGCAGUCAGAAGCAUUACCAGCCACAGCAGCAACGACAAACUAGCAAGCGGUCGACACCGUCGGAAUCGGAAUCGAACGAACCAGUUUGUGUGGUUUGCUUCAAGCCUAUACAGUACUAUGCCAUCGGGGAGUGCGACCAUCUGUGUUGCUUCGAGUGCUCAACCCGGAUACGGGUGCUCUGCCGACAGAAUGAUUGUCCAAUUUGUCGGCGGGAUUUGGCCAAGGUAAUCUUUUCGAAAAUACUGGCCCCGUACAAGGAGCUGGACGUGCGCAAUCGGUCUGGGCUGUACGAUAAAAAGUAUCGAAUUUGUUUUACGGACGGCGAAGUGCAGCAGGCCUUCUUCGAACUGCUGGACAACAGGUGUCCCAGAUGCGAAGAGAAAAACUUCCCCAAAUUCGAGAUGCUUCGGGAGCACGUUCGGAAGGCACAUGAGCUGUUCUACUGUGACAUCUGCACCGAACAUCUGAAGAUCUUCUCAUCGGAGCGCCGCUGCUAUUCGCGACAAGAUUUGGCCAUUCAUAGGCGCGUCGGCGACCCGGAUAACGUCGGUCAUCGGGGCCAUCCACUGUGCGAGUACUGCGACAAACGGUUCCUGGAUAAAGACGAGCUGUUUCGGCAUCUGCGAAAGGAGCACUUCUUUUGCCACUUCUGCGACGCCGAUGGGACGAACUACUUCUAUGGAGACUAUGACACGCUUCGGGAUCAUUUCCGUCAGGAGCACUUUCUCUGUGAGGAAGGUGAAUGCGAACAGGAACAGUUUACGGCUGUCUUUCGUACUGAGAUUGAUCUGCGCGCGCAUCGGGCCUCCGCUCACGGGAAAAGUAUGAAUAAAUUGGCCAAUAAGCAAACACGGACUCUAGAGUUAGAAUUUACCUAUGCGCCAAGAGGUGGUGGCGGUGGUCCUGGGGCAGGCCCCAUAGGAGGCGGAUCCGGUGGUGGACGACAUCAUCAUGGCCGAGGCGGUGGUGGAGCUGGUGGGUCCGGUGGAGGAGGAGGAGGUGGCAAUCGUGGUGGAGGUAGUGGAGUUUAUGAUAGUCAGAGGGAAUUUGAUACGCUUCUUAGUGAUCCGUCGCCUACUCAGCAUCCUCCUAAACGGAUAGAUGCUAGCAGUGAGCAAGACUUUCCUUCGCUGGGAGGAACCAGUGCGAAUCCCGUGUUUCGGCCGAACAAUGUUUCCAUCCGACAGCGAGUGUUUGGUGUUGCCGGUUUGGCCAGAACGAAAGAGAACUUUCCCGCCCUCGGAUCCGAGGGUGGAGAGGGUUCCGGAUCAACCAGCUUGAAUGAGGGCUUCAGCAGUAAGAUUACUGCUAGUUCGCUUCUGAAACCUAGUCAACCGAGCGGUGGCAGCAGUGGAAAUGGUGGUGGUGCUGGCGGCGGUGCCAAUGGACGAAAUCAACCCAGUACCAGUAUGAUGAUCCAUGUGUCAAAUCGCCCACCGAGUGGAACAGCAGGUGGAAAAUCUGGCUCGAAUGGCGGAAAAAAACCCAGCACGGCUGAUUUUCCGGCGCUACCAGGAACAACCCGGCCAGGGAGUAAAAUAUCGGACCUCUAUAACGACAUGGAAGCCACCAGCAAUGGAAUGGUCAAUCUGAAUGCGAUGUCAGCGAAGCACCGUGCACUAGCGGAUGAUUACGUGUCCGUAUCGAGUAUGGUUUCGAAGGUGGCCACCGUUGCUGCUAACAAGGAGAGCAAAAAGCCACCGAUCCAGCAGAAUGUGGUACCAAGUGUGAACUCAACGAAGGCGUUUCCCACCUUGUCAGAGUCAGGCAUCGGAAAGUCCGGCUCGGGAACAACGACAAAACCUGCCCAGUGGGUGGUUGCCAAUAAGGUGAACGCAUCCUCGUUUGCUACGUCCGGUGGAAACACGGGUGCAGCGAAUGUGUCCGCGAAAAAGAAACCAGCUCCUGCGCCGAAUUUAAAAGAAGAAGGGACCUUUGUUAAUCUGAAUGCUCUCACCGGAAAGAAAUCUGGUAACGGAGGAGGAGUAGUAGAGAAUAGUUCUGGUUCCGCAAACUCUAAUAACAACGACAAUAAGAACAAUAAUGAUCAAUCUCAACAACAGCAGGGUGGCAAAAAUAAAGCCAAAGACAGAGCAAAGGCCAAUUCGAACGGUUCCAAUGGUGAUACUCGGCACCAUCAACAGAAGGAUAUUGAAAAUAUUCCGAGCGGAGAGAAUUUCCCUGCACUGGGUAACCAGCAAGUAACGGACUUCGCACUGGCGAAUCUCGGCGGCGGUGGUGGCCCUAAGCGAGGUCCUCCUGGAUUUGAGAAUGUGAGUGCGAACAACAACAACAGCGUUCGGAAAAUUCCAGCGCCUCCACCGGGAUUUAGCAAUGUGACCCUGAACUCUGUGGCAAGGAAUAUCAACAAUUUGACUUUCACUAGCUCUAGCGGCGAAAGUUAUAACAUUUUGCCAAGCGCGUAUAAUUACGUGGCUCCAUCCAAUGCGAGCAAGAGGAAUCAGAACUUAGUGACUCACUUUCAACGUGCUUUGAAAAAGCCGGAUGCGUUGGCCGAAUUCCGUACCAUUUCUCAGAUGUUCCGAGAUGGUGUGUACAAUCCGGCACCGUAUUACGAACAUUGUAAAGCUGCUUUAGGUGAUCGUUUUACUGAGAUUUUUCCGGAACUUUUGGCAUUGUUGCCAAACAUCACCAAGCAACAGGAACUUUACCUGGUGUACUGCCAGGAUCAGAAAAACAUAGCUCAGAAAAGUGCCGGCUCCGGUGGGUCGGCCAAGGGUGCCAAGUCCACCGUUGCUCAGCCGCUGGAAGUGUGCCAGGUGUGCAAGCAGGUUCUGGUGCGGGACGAUUUAACCGAGCACUUCCAGUCACACUACAUGGAGAACAACUUUCCGAAACUCAGUGCCAACGGCAAGUCGGCCGAGGUAUCCGCCGCAUGGCGGAAAUAACGGUAAAUGGUUGUUCCACCGACGCUCUGUAAAAUCGUGUAUAAUCAUUAAAUACCUGGUAGUACAUUUUAUUCGUCACUUUUCUUCGUUUGCAAUUGAAUUUAUAAGUUAUUAUAUAGAUAUGUUUUUAGUUCAACUGCAGAACAAUUCAAAACGGGACUAUUUCGUUAUUAUUAGGCAAGACAAUUAUAACAUAGAAACUUUGCGUUAAAGUUGAAUUAUAUUUGUUUUCUUAUUUCUUUCGCGCUAUUGCAUGGAAGCGAAACAUUGUUUUGCUCUUAUAGACUUCAUAAGAUAGAAGUAACUUUUUUUCGCAAAGCAGGGUAAAUCAACUGUAAACUGUCGAUUAUAAUGUUGGAAGCUUGUUAAUGUACUGUGCUUAUUUGGUUAGAUCCUGAUCCUGGAUUCACGUAUAAAGGAAUUUCUUCGGCGUUUUGUACAAAACUAGUAGAGUAAAACGAUUUGCCGCCGGUUAGAAAAAAAAAUUGUUUUCAGGUUCCUACCAAGAAUAUAUAUAACCACCUCCCGCGCGUUGCGGCGAGGGAAGCAAUUGUUCAACAUCCUCUAUCUGUAGUGUAAAUAUGUAACACGAUUUCAGCUGCAAAUCAAAAAUAAAACAGAAAAUCAAGUGCUAUCAAUAGUAGGUAAUGAUAGUGGCUAUAAGCGCUUUGAUGAAGAAA